GGACACAGCACCAGCACAGCACUGACCAAGGCCAACACCCUGGCCUUUUAUAGUUAAACUGGAAGAUCUCAAAGGUCCUUCCCAACCCCAAUGACUGUGAUUCUGUCCCUCCCCAGGGCUGGCUGUCAUGCACUCCCAGGGCAGCGACUACCUGGACAUCGGCAACAACCCCCGGGUGGGCACCAAGCGCUACAUGGCCCCCGAGGUGCUGAGCGAGCAGAUCCGCACCGACUGCUUCGAGUCCUACAAGAAGACGGACAUCUGGGCCUACGGGCUGGUGCUCUGGGAGAUCACCCGGCGCACGGUGGUGAACGGAAUCGUGGAGGAGUAUCGGCCGCCCUUCUUCGACGCCGUCCCCAGCGACCCCAGCUUCGAGGACAUGAAGAAGGUGGUGUGUGUGGACCAGCAGACCCCCGUGAUCCCCAACCGCCUCUUCUCCGACUCGGUUCUGUCGGCGCUGGCGAGGGUCAUGAAGGAGUGCUGGUACCAGAGCCCCUCCGCCCGCCUCACCGCCCUGCGCAUCAAAAAGACGCUCAAGAAGCUGAACAAUUCCCUGGAAAAGCCAAAGCCGGAGCAGUGAGCGCCGGGAACGUGCUGGAGCCGCUCACGGGCUGCACCGGGGACUGCGGCGAGGCCGAGGUCGGGAUGGCUCCGGUCUCAGAGGGGUUUUGCUCACAGCCCCCGCCUCUCCCACCCCUCCUUGGAGCCGUUUGGAUUUGCAAGGAGUGAAAAAAUAGGAA